AUGAUUGUUUCCCUGGAAGAACUGACUGAUUUGAUUCACCUGACUGUAAAGAUUGAUGCACUGUCUAGCUGUAUUUUGAAUCAUUGUAUUAUUAGUCCUGUUAAUGUCAAUGCCUCGUUUUUGUUCAUGAGAAAUGUGACAUAUAUGAGAUUAGAGGAAUUCCGCCUUCAUUUGUUAAAUCUUUCUUUACUUGAUACCUUUUCCGCAAGCAAGAAUAAUUUGCUAAGGAAAAUACCUGAUGAAUUAUGUCAAUUGCUCAACUUAAAGUACUUUGUAGUGAAUGAAAACAACUUGAGUGGUACCCUGCCUCCUUGUCUUUUCAAUCUUUCCUCUAUCGUGGCUAUCGAUGUUGGAACAAACCAUUUAGAAGGGAAAUUGCCUCCAUUGCUUGGUAUUACUCUUCCUAAUUUAGAGUUCCGUAGCAUUUAUAGAAACAAUGUAACUGGAAAUAUUCUGGUAACAUUAUCAAAUGCUACGAAUCUUCAGUCUCUUAUUGCUGGUAGAAAUGGACUCACAGGAAAAGGGGAGGAUGAUGACCUUAGCUUUCUCACCACAUUGGUGAAUGCCACCAGCUUGGAGCUUUUGGAGCUCAAUACAAAUAAUUUUGGUGGAGUCUUCUUACCUGCAUCUAUUUCUGGAGAAAUCCCAAGAUGGAUAUCCAAUCUCAAGAAGCUUCAGGCUUUCUUUGUAGCUUACAACAGAUUUCACGGUGAAAUUCCUUCUGAAAUUGGUGAUCUGAUAUAUUUGCAAGAGCUGACUUUACUUGGAAAUCAGUUCUCUGGCCAAAUUCCAAUCUCAUUGGGAAACUUAGCUUCUUUAACCAAACUCAGUUUAAGAGAAAACAAUCUCCAGGGGAGAAUUCUAGGCAAAUGCCACAAUUUGGAACUGUUGGAUCUUGGUUCAAAUAACCUUAGUGGUUUCACACCAUCAGAAAUUCUUGAACUCUCAUCCUUGUCGGAGGGCGUGGACCUAUCUCAGAACCACUUAACUGGUUUCCUUUCAAUGGAAAUUGGGAAGUUGAGAAAUCUAGGCUACUUAAACCUGUCUGAUAACAAGUUGCAGGGCCAGAUUCCUACCACUAUAGGUACUUGUGUGAAACUUGAAGCACUAGACAUAAGCAACAACAACUUUCAGGGUAGUAUUCCUUCAACCAUGAAUAGUUUGCAAGGCCUGGAACUUUUAGUCCUUUCUCACAACAAUCUGUCAGGUGGAAUCCCGGGAUUCUUGAAGGACUUCAAAUUUCUGCAGAUUUUAAAUCUGUCUAGAAAUAAUUUGGAAGGUGCUGUACCAACAGGAGGCAUCUUUAGUAAUGCUACUGUGGUUUUCAUCAUAGGAAAUAGAAAUCUCUGUGGGGGUGUACCAGAGUUGGACCUUCCGGCUUGCGUUGUAGAGGUAAAGAAAGAAAGGAAAUCAGGUUUUCCCUUGAAAAUAGUAAUUCCUGUAGUUAGUGGGCUUAUAGGAUUGACAUUCAUAGUUUGUUUUCUUGGCAUGCGGCAGUUUAGUAGAUCGAGAAAAACAACACCUACAGAUAUACCUGAAAACUUAACCUUAAGAGUAUCUUAUCAGUGUCUACUUAGGGGAACUGAUAGAUUUUCUGCAUCAAAUUUGCUUGGCAUGGGUGCUUUUGGAUCUGUAUAUAAAGGAAUUUCUGAACACGAUGCUUCCAGGAGUUUUUUAGCUGAAUGUGAGGUUCUAAAGAACAUUAGACAUCGUAAUCUUGUAAAGGUUCUAAGUGCAUGCUCAGGUAUUGAUUAUGAAGNAGGAGGCAUCUUUAGUAAUGCUACUGUGGUUUUCAUCAUAGGAAAUAGAAAUCUCUGUGGGGGUGUACCAGAGUUGGACCUUCCGGCUUGCGUUGUAGAGGUAAAGAAAGAAAGGAAAUCAGGUUUUCCCUUGAAAAUAGUAAUUCCUGUAGUUAGUGGGCUUAUAGGAUUGACAUUCAUAGUUUGUUUUCUUGGCAUGCAGCAGUUUAGUAGAUCGAGAAAAACAACACCUACAGAUAUACCUGAAAACUCAACCUUAAGAGUAUCUUAUCAGUGUCUACUUAGGGGAACUGAUAGAUUUUCUGCAUCAAAUUUGCUUGGCAUGACUGCACAUGUUGGUGAUUUUGGUUUGGCAAGAUUUGUUCCACCAGCAAUUCUGAACUCAUCAGCAAAUUCAAAAAGUUCUACAGGUGUAGGGGGAACUAUUGGUUAUACACCUCCAGAAUUAGGUAUGGGAAGCGACCCCUUAAUCUAUGGAGAUGUAUACAGCUUUGGCAUUCUGCUCUUGGAAAUGUUUACCGGGAGGAGACCAACUGAUGAAAUGUUCAAAGAUAAUUUCAACCUUCAUAACUAUGCCAAUGCUACUUUGCCAGACAGAGUGAUGCAUAUUAUAGAUCCCAUUCUUCUCCAGGAACGAGAUGAACUUGGAAUGAAAUACAAACUUGAUGACAACACAAGCAGUGCUGGCGACAUAUUUCUGUCAUUCUUAGUUAAGAUGAUUCAAAUCAGAGUUUCCUGCUCCGUUGAAUCUCCAAAAGAAAGAAAGCGGAUCAGUGAUGUCGUUGGAGAACUCAAUUCAUUAAGGAAGUUGUUCUUGGAGCAAGCAUACCCGAAAGAAAAGGUUAUAAGCUUCAACCUGCAUUGA